CUGGCAGAAGAAGCGGAAGCAGCUGGGGGCACCUGGCAUGGGGCAGCGGGGGCCUGAGCCCCAGAUCUCCGAUGACAAGGAACCCUGCACAAAGCGGGUGAAACCCGUCGCCAAGACCCUGUCGGGCUCAGGGGCCCCCUCGGCCAAGGUGACACCCCUGAAACGCCUGAGCCAGUCGAUCCAGAGGUCCAUCAGCUUCAAGACAGAGCCCCGCCCCCCUGGCUACGUCCCGCCCUCCCGGACCGGGGGCUGCCGGCGCCGCAGCAGCAAACUCUGGAGCGAGACUUUCGACCGGGUCAGUGAGGAGCUUUCGGCCCACGAGGUGAAACGCCAGGAGCCUUUCUGUGACCAGCUGCCAAUAAACGUGUGA